UGUGAAUACCCGGCCAUGGGUCAAUCCCAAUCCAUCAAUUUUUUUUUUUAAUUUUUUUUUGCCCGGUCGCUGCUGUGCGAGCCCAAAAAGCUCGCUUUCCGCCCAACUUCCGCUACCCUAACAUCCAUCCGGGGUCUACUUUGGUGUAAGUCUACCCUCCCCUGUCGUAAAUUUGUCUGUAAAGCAAUCGUGAGGUCCCUAUGAAGGCAAAUAGGGGCACGCCUCAAGUGGUCUAGCAGCAUCAUCACAUGCAAGAAGGUUACGGGUUGAGCCACCUGUUCAUACGCAAAUAUUUAAACAUAUACGAAGACUGUCUGUCACCAGACCACACUCCCAAGACAAAGAGCAGCUGUAAGGAGAGAAUGGCACGAGCGUCGUCCCGAAGAGCGUUGUUUCUCUGUUUACUGGUUCUGCUGCAAGAGUUUGGUCCCGCACACUUUGCCAAACUCGCGCAAAAUGACUUCCUCAGCGACCGGGAAUUCUUGGACAGCGAGGAUGAGGAUAACGCUGAUGACCAAGAGACUGGAAGCAACCUUGUGCCACAAACCCCAAUAACUCAGACAUCUGCAAAGAAAAACUGGAUCAAGAAUGUCUAUACAGUCGUCAAGUUUACCAAUGCUGUUACUUCUGCUGUCAGCCUGACCUCCGCUAUAUUCGAUGCCAUACAAAGCUGUUGUGGUCGGUUGCCAAAAGCAUGUGAAUAUCGCAACGAGUUUAUUAAGAUGAGAACUCAAGUAAUAGAGCAAAGCGCCCUGGCGGACAACUUACAGCUGGAAGCUCAAAAUCUUCAAACUUGGGUUAAAACAAACAUCGAUAGAUACUCUGAAUUGAAGAAAGAGUUGGAGGAUAUUAACAGAGAGCAGGAUCACAUCUUAAAAGCCAUGGACAUCGACAUUGAAAUAAUAUUGAACAACAAAACGAAGGACAUCAUGGAUGCCAUUAAGGCAAAAAACAACACCAGAGACGAGCUGGACUACCUGCAGGUAUCCAACAUGUACGAGUCAGCCAUUGAGAACGCCAUGAAUAUUGGUUUUCCCCUCUUAACUCUGUUAAUCAGUGGUGGAGGAGCAGCUUACCAAUUCGCCAAGAAAAGUAGAGCUCAUGAUGAGGUUUUCAAGCUCGAGAGAAGAAAGGCCAUCCGACUCAAGACACCCCCCUACGCUCAAAUUGCAAGACGGAAAACAAGCUUGAUCAAAAUUUCAAAACCAAGUACGGACAGAUAAAAAACAGACUGAAUACCAAGUUUGGCAGGUCGAUCAGAUUCGUGAAGAAUAUUGGCCUUGCACUAUCAAUCUUUUCCGCAGCGUUUGAUAUUUACAACGUCAUCAACCAAGCUAAGAAAUGCGAGGAAAUACGAGAUGAUGCGAAGGAAGCAAGGGACACUAUGGCAAAAGCUUUAGCGAAAUUUGAUGAAGCUAUUCAGAACA